UCCCAACCCUCAAACAGAGCACCGUCAGUGUGUCAGCGAUGCCGAGCAAACCUGCACCUAUGAAAAAGUCUCCAGCCAAAAAGGCUGUUGAGAAUGCACCUGAACCUGCUCCUGAACCCAGACCCGCCCCACCUGCAGAAGCUCCACCUGCUGAGGCACCGGCUGAGGAAGCAACUUCCGCCGUCCCAGCAGAAGAAACCCCAACAACUGGUGAAGCUGCUCCAGCUGCUGCUCCCAUUGCUGAAGACAGUCCUGCUCUUCCUGAUGCAGAUGCUCCAAUAGAGGCUGCUCCAGCAGAAGCUGCUUUAAUUGAGGAGCCACAGAAAGCCCCCACACCCCCUCCUCCUGCAGUCCCCAGCAGUGCUCCUCUGAAUGUAUCUGUAGAUGAUGUGAAUGACUCCAGCCUUACCAUUAAGUGGAAAACACCAGAGACUGUUGGCAGCUCAGGCUUGAGCGGAUACACUGUCGAGUACCGCAAGGAUGGAACAACAGACUGGAUUGUAGCUAACGAGGAGUUGACCUUGGCUGACCGCUACUGUAUCAGGAACCUGACAGCUGGCAACCUGCUGAAUGUACGCGUAGUGGCUGUAAACCCGGGUGGUCGCAGCGAACCCGGGGUGCUUCCAGAGCCUGUGCCAAUCGGUGACAUUGGUGACAAACCCAAGGUCCGCUUGCCUCGCUCUCUCAGAUCCCGCUACGUGAAGAAGGUCGGAGAGCAGAUCAACCUGGUCGUCCCGUUCAUUGGGAAGCCCAAACCUGCAGUGUCCUGGCUGAAGGAUGGGCAACCUGUGGAUACGAAGCGGGUCAACAUCAGGAACAGUGACAGGGACAGCAUCUUGUUCAUCCGCAGCGCUCAGAGGGAGGACUCCGGCAUUUACGAGAUGACAGUGAAAGUGGAGAGCUUUGAAGACAAAGCAGCCCUCGCCAUUCAAACUGUGGACCUUCCGGGUCCACCUUCUAGUGUGAAACUAGUAGACGCAUGGGGCUUCAAUGCUGCCCUGGAAUGGACUCCUCCAAAGGACAAUGGCAACUCAGAUAUCACUGGAUACACGGUCCAGAAGGCUGACAAGAAGACUGGGGAAUGGUUCACGGUGCUGGAGCACUACCAUAGAUUAACAGCCACCGUCUCAGACCUCAUCAUGGGCAACUCAUACUUGUUUAGGGUGUUUUCUGAGAACCAAGUGGGGAGGAGUGAAAGCAGUGCUGUUACCAAGAAGGUGGCCACAAUCCAAAAAACAGGAAUUGUCUACAAGCCUCCUGAGUACCAGGAACAUGAUUUCAGUGAAGCACCGAAGUUCACCACGCCUCUAAUCGACCGCGCAGCCACUGUGGGAUACACUACUAAGCUGCUGUGUUCUGUUCGAGGAUGCCCCAAGCCCAAAAUCGAGUGGUUGAAGAACCAGAUGAUCAUUGGAAAUGAUCCAAAGUUUCGUCAGAUUUCCAAUCAAGGCAUCUGUUCCCUGGAGAUCCGCAAGCCCUGCAGCUUCGAUGGUGGUGUGUACACCUGCAGAGCCAAGAAUGCCCAGGGAGAAGCUGUGGUCUCCUGCAAACUGGAGGUCAAACAGGUUAUUCUUCCAGAGGCUGACAAAGAAAAAGGGAAAUAGAAAAAAGAUUUAAAGAGCAGCAGAUGUCUGGGUCUUAAGAGUGUUAGAGUAAGUGAGUGAAGAUACUGCAGCUGGCUGUGCAGAAGCAUGUAGGUAAUGAAAAUGGAGACAGAACCACAAGCCAACAUCGAUGUAUUUAUUUCCCACCCAAACAUCCUGACCUUCCCUCUCCUUAUAAAAUGCAAAUCAGACAUACAUUACAUCUAUCCUAUUCAUCUUAGUUUGACAUAUAUGUUGUUUUAAGAUGGAGAUAUGUAUGCAACAUUAUAUUGAAUACUUUUUUCCAGCCUAUGUCCUGAUUUAACAUACAAUAAAACAAAGUCAGUUAAUCGGAUGGGCUAUUUCAAUUAUUCAUUAUGUUAAUAAAAAGUGUAUUUUAUUACAA